AUGGAGAUACUGAGGAAAACGGCUUCCUUCCGAGUUCAGAGGCAGGUGGCAGGGCGACCCGCCGAGGAGGUAACGCAGCUCUCUCUCAGCGGCGUGCCGGUGCUCCCAGAGCUAUGGUCUCCCUACACCCACCUCACUCACCUUCUGCUGAUCUCUAUGAAGCCGAAGCUUGUGAGUCUCGACAUGCUUGGCCUCAACCAGCUUCAGGAACUUCGUCUCCUAGAUGUCAGUGACAACGCCGUUGCAAUUGCUUCACCGCCACCGGCUGUGCCGUCGCUCGCUCGUCUGCUCAUGCCUAACAAUCAAGUUUCCUCCUUGGAGGAGGUGAGCCGGCUGGCGCAGAGCUUUCCGAAUUUGGAGGUGCUCGACGUGGCCGACAAUGACGUUGACACCCCUGCACACUUUGCCUCUGUUUUCGGGGCCUUUCCGAAUCUGAUCGCACUCAACUCGCGUACGCGCGACGGGACGGAGGUUGUGGUCGAAGACUCGGACGAGUCGGAUAGCGAUGAGGAGUACGAGGAAAGCAGCGAUGGAGAAAGCAAAGAGGGGGCAAGCCAGACGACAUCCUCCGGCAGCAGCGGCGGCGAAGCUGAAGAGGAAUCGGAGAGUGACGCGGAGCCGUCGGCAAAGAGAACGCGCACUGAGGAUGGCAACAGCGCUUGGAGAGAGUCUUCAGCCUCCUCAAGAGAGUAA